GAAUGACCCUAGAUGUUUAAUGCCACCGGUGACCUCCGAUGCCCAGGGCAGGAGACCACAGGAGGAAAAAAUAUCCUUUGUGUCCCAGGCUGCUCCGGAAAGAGGCACACUGACUGGAAGGGUGCGACCACCAUGUGCGAGCUGUAUUGCAAGCAGGACACCCUGGCGCUACGGGGGAAGCACAUCGGACCCUCAUGCAAGGUUUUCUUUGCUGCGGACCCCAUCAAAAUCCUGCGAGCCCAGGGGCAGUACAUGUUUGAUGAGAAAGGCGGGAGGUACUUGGACUGCAUCAACAACGUGGCUCACGUGGGACACUGUCACCCAGAAGUGGUCAAAGCCGCGGCGAAACAGAUGGAAAUACUAAAUACGAAUUCUCGCUUCCUGCACGACAACAUCGUGGAGUAUGCCAAGCGCCUUACAGCCACCCUGCCACAGACGCUCUCGGUUUGCUACUUCACAAAUUCGGGAUCCGAAGCCAACGACUUAGCCUUACGCCUAGCGCGGCAGUUCCGAGGCCACCAGGAUGUGAUCACUCUCGACCAUGCUUACCAUGGCCACCUGUCAUCAUUGAUUGAGAUCAGUCCCUAUAAGUUUCGGAAGGGCAAAGAUGACAAGAAGGAAUUUGUGCACGUGGCACCAAGUCCAGAUACUUACAGAGGGAAAUACAGAGAGGACCACAAAGAUGCAGCCACAGCAUACGCAGACGAAGUGAAGAAAAUCAUUGAAGAGGCUCAUAGCAACGGAAGGAAGAUUGCCGCCUUUAUUGCUGAAUCCAUGCAGAGUUGUGGUGGACAAAUUAUUCCUCCAGCAGGCUACUUCCAGAAAGUGGCUGAACACGUUCGCAGAGCAGGGGGCGUGUUCAUUGCUGACGAAGUUCAAGUGGGCUUUGGCAGAGUUGGGAAGCAUUUCUGGAGCUUUCAAAUGCACGGUGAAGACUUCGUUCCAGACAUUGUCACCAUGGGGAAGCCAAUGGGCAAUGGUCACCCCAUGUCCUGUGUGGUGACAACCAGAGAAAUUGCAGAAGCCUUCAGCAGCUCUGGCAUGGAGUAUUUUAACACGUAUGGAGGGAAUCCGGUGUCCUGUGCGGUUGGGUUGGCUGUGCUGGAUGUAAUUGAGAAAGAAAACCUUCAAGGAAAUGCUAUCAGAGUGGGGAACUACCUCACUAAGUUGCUGGACGAACAGAAGGCUAAACACCCAAUGAUAGGGGACAUCAGGGGUGUUGGCCUUUUUAUUGGCAUUGAUUUGGUGAAGGAUCGUGAGAAAAGGACGCCUGCAACAGCCGAAGCCCAGCACAUCAUUUACAAGAUGAAAGAAAAAGGAGUUCUUCUCAGUGCCGAUGGCCCUCACAGGAAUGUGCUCAAAAUAAAACCACCCAUGUGCUUCACAGAAGAGGACGCAAAGUUCAUGGUGGACCACCUUGAUGGCAUUUUAACAGCUUUAGAAGUCACAGAAACCAAGAGUGACCAUGUGAUCUCUAAGAAUACAGUUUGCAGUACAAAGGUGCCUAAGGAGGUCCACGUGGAAUUGCCCAACCACAGCGCCACGGAGUCCAGAGAAAACCACAGCAAGAAGAGAAAUGGUGUGUGCUCAGAUGAGCAUACACGGCUCAGCAAAAGACUCAAGACAUGAAAGAUGAGCGUUACACAGCAGAUAAAUAUCCAUGGGUAAAGAGCAAGUGGAUGCAUCUCACCUCCUAGUCAUCCUGUGAAUUAGAAUUUUCAAUCUGCCUAAUUUGUACAUUAAAAGAUAGAUUAGUAAUAUCAAUAAACAAAGUGAUAAGCUGUAUCAACAUUAUUAAUUCAACCUCUGGCCUGUUAAUUCCUUACCUGCCAUUCUGAAGUAUUUAUGCUACUAAAACUGAGUUCUCAAAUGCAAAACGCAGCUGGAUGCUUUACUUCUUGUGUUUUAAUGUUUGAAAUUAGAGAAAUGAGUGAAUUCGAUUCCUUCACUUCCGAGAAUUAGUACAUUAAAGUAUUUCAAUGAGAAACAGUCUAAAUUGGCUAAUAUAUAAAGUAUAUGGAUUUUAAUAAAAUAAAAGAUAUAAACAAAAAUGAUACUAUAAAAUGCUGAGAGCAAUAUGGAUUAGAGUGUUGAAAUCUACGUCAUUCCAAAGGGAAUCACAGAGCACAGAACAACCGUGGUUGCCGAGAAACCUGGUCACUUGCCAUCCUGUGGGAACUGAAAUGGAACAUGUGUACACACAUGUGCACAAAGAUGUUUCUAGAACCGCAUCAGCAGCCAAAGCUCGGCUUUCAAAGUUGAGAACUUCAGUCUUGGCUACUCACAGGCCAUGCCACUUCAACCAAGUUGCUCACCUGGCAGGUGGAAAAUGAUCUCAUCUUCCCCGAGUUCAUCGUCACCUGCACUCCAUGUUUCCUAAGUUAGUUUUGGUUGGCCUGUAUCUCUCCAUUGCCUUCCCAAUAGUUAUUAAACUUGCUGGCUUGUGUCUUAUUCCAUAAA